CUCUGAGCAGUCUCCUGUGAUUUAAUGAUAGGUGCCAUCUUCUGGACAGAGUAACCCACCUGCAUUCUGAUCUUCCGGACGCACGCUCACACCAUAAAGAUGGCGACGCCGUGAGUAAGUUACAAGCAAUUCCACUUCCGCACUUUUCCUGCGCCCUGGUCCAAGAUGGCGGACGAGGCCACCCGGCGGGUCGUGUCUGAGAUCCCGGUGCUGAAGACUAACGCCGGACCCCGAGAUCGGGAAUUGUGGGUGCAGCGACUAAAGGAGGAAUAUCAGUCCCUUAUCCGGUACGUGGAGAACAACAAGAAUUCGGACAAUGACUGGUUCCGACUGGAGUCCAACAAGGAAGGCACCCGGUGGUUUGGAAAAUGCUGGUACAUCCACGACCUCCUCAAAUAUGAGUUUGACAUCGAGUUUGAAAUUCCUAUCACAUACCCCACUACUGCUCCAGAAAUUGCAGUCCCUGAGCUGGAUGGGAAGACAGCAAAGAUGUACAGGGGUGGCAAAAUAUGUCUGACCGAUCAUUUCAAACCUUUGUGGGCCAGGAAUGUGCCAAAGUUUGGACUAGCUCAUCUCAUGGCCCUGGGGCUGGGUCCUUGGCUGGCAGUGGAAAUCCCUGAUCUGAUUCAGAAGGGUGUGAUCCAGCACAAAGAAAAAGGCAACCAAUGAAGGAGGAAGCGCCCGAGGCAGGACAGAGGGGCUGUUGCGAGGCUCUACCCCAGCUCUCUCCUUUCUCAUGAUUCCUUCGAGGGUCACCUCUGGCUGUUACAAAGUAGCUGGAGGGACAAAGAAGAAACACCCAACAAUAGGCAAGGUCACAAAGUUUCUAAAUGAAGGUACAGAGAGGUGAAAGAUUUGGGUCUGGAAAUAGGCAAUUUGUAUCCCUUCUCCAAGAAGAGCCCUGGAGGCAUUUUGGAGGCAUGGAGUGUAACUGACAGCUUAUAGCUUUUUGGUUUCUGGAGACAACCUAUCAAUAAAAGCUGCUUCCCGUGGUA